CCGUGGCGCGCAGUCGGUACAAAAAGACGGGAAGGCUUUCCGCAAAAGUCACUUUCCCGCUCUCACACUCACAAUCAUCAUGAGCUACGACGAACACGAUUUACCUGAAGGAUGGACGAUGCAGAUGCAUGAGGGGACCCCAUUCUAUGUUGAUACGAGAGCGAACCCUCCGCGCUCGAUAUGGGUACACCCCUACGAGGACGAGCAGUUUCUGCGCGAGAACCCUGGAGUACGGCCUGGAGGCGCACGGAGGCCAUCAGCAUCGCCAGAGCCUAGCUCGGGGGGCGACCGCGGUCUCUUCGGCAGCAGCCACAAUUACCAGCCACCGAUGGGCCAGCCCUCGAAGCAUGGCAAGGCAGCCCUUGUGGAGAAGUUGAUCAAGAAAGUGAUGCACUCGAAGUCGGGGCACCACCAACAGCAGUACUACCCACCCAGCCAGGGCAUGUCCUCGCAUUACGGACGACCACUGCACGGCGGAAUGGGAGGUCCCCCCUUCGGCGGUGGGGGCCCCGGGAUGGGGAUGGGGAUGGGGAUGGGCCACGGUCCGGGUCAUCAUGGACACCAGGGCUUCGGAGGAGGUGGAAUGGGAGGAGGAGGUCCUAUGUUUGUGCAGCAGGGCCGCCCACAACGUCGCAUGGGAGGUGGCAUGGGAGGCAUGGGUAUGCCUCUCAUGGGCGGUAUGGCGGGCGGAUUGCUGUUGGGUGAGAUGCUCGAUGGGCCUGAUCAUUACGGUGGCGACUUCGGAGGGGGCGAUUACGGCGGUGGGGGAGGCGAUUGGGGAGGAGGUGGAGGUGGCGACUUUGGUGGCGGAGGCGGAGGGUUUGGUGGUGGUGACUUUGGUGGUGGGGGUGGAGGAGGGUUCUAAGCAGACACUUACCUACUGACAUUUAUGGACUGGGACCGAGGCCGCAACUGUAUCAAUAGCUCUGAUAUCGCGUUGCGAAAGAAAGAUACGCUUUGAAGCAAUACCUUAUUGCUAGAAUGGGUCGUGUCAUGUCAUGAAAUAUAUCCCCUCAUCUCAACG